GCCCGCCGCGCCAUGCGCCGGGCCCGCCGCUGAGCCCGGCCCGCUGGCGCGCCCCGUCCGGGAUGGGGUGCCUGGACGCUUGAGUCGCCGCUCAGCGCGACCUCCGCGCGGGGGAAGGAGCUGGUGCCGUGCGGCCGCGCUAGGAUGGAGGUACCCGGCGGCAGCGAUCCAGGAGGCGACGGGGCUGGGGACGGUGCCCACCCGGACCCCCGGACCCCCGGCGCCUCUGCGCCCAGCUCCGGCCCGUGCGCGGCCGCCCGGGAGUCUGAGCGCCAGCUGCGCCUCCGCCUCUGCGUCCUCAAUGAGAUCUUGGGCACCGAGAGGGACUACGUGGGCACCUUGCGCUUCUUGCAGUCUGCUUUCCUGCAUCGCAUCCGGCAGAACGUGGCGGACUCCGUGGAGAAGGGCCUGACGGAGGAGAAUGUCAAGAUCCUGUUCUCAAACAUUGAAGACAUCCUGGAAGUUCAUAAAGAUUUCUUGGCCGCCUUGGAGUUUUGUUUACAUCCGGAGCCUCAGUCUCAGCAUGAACUUGGGAACGUUUUCCUAAAAUUUAAGGACAAGUUCUGCGUGUACGAGGAGUAUUGCAGUAACCACGAGAAGGCCCUGCGGCUGCUUGUGGAGCUGAACAAGAUCCCCACUGUGCGAGCCUUCCUUUUGAGCUGCAUGCUCCUGGGCGGCCGGAAGACCACGGACAUCCCUCUGGAGGGCUACCUGUUGUCUCCCAUUCAGAGGAUCUGCAAGUACCCCCUCCUCCUCAAGGAGCUGGCCAAGAGGACCCCUGGCAAGCACCCAGACCACCCCGCCGUCCAGAGCGCCCUGCAGGCCAUGAAGACGGUCUGCUCCAACAUCAACGAGACCAAGCGGCAGAUGGAGAAGCUGGAGGCCCUGGAGCAGCUGCAGUCGCACAUCGAAGGCUGGGAGGGCUCCAACCUCACGGACAUCUGCACCCAGCUCCUCCUGCAGGGAACCUUGUUAAAAAUCUCUGCCGGCAACAUCCAAGAGAGAGCUUUCUUCCUCUUCGACAACCUCCUGGUCUAUUGCAAGCGGAAAUCCAGGGUCACCGGGGGCAAGAAAUCCACCAAGAGGACCAAAUCCAUCAACGGCUCCCUGUAUAUCUUCAGGGGUCGCAUCAACACGGAAGUCAUGGAGGUGGAGAACGUGGAGGAUGGGACAGCGGAUUAUCACAGCAAUGGCUACACGGUCACCAAUGGCUGGAAGAUCCAUAACACAGCCAAGAACAAGUGGUUUGUCUGCAUGGCCAAGACGGCGGAGGAGAAGCAGAAGUGGCUGGACGCCAUCAUCCGUGAGCGGGAGCAGCGCGAGAGCCUGAAGCUGGGCAUGGAGCGCGAUGCCUACGUCAUGAUCGCGGAGAAGGGAGAGAAGCUUUACCACAUGAUGAUGAACAAGAAGGUGAACCUGAUCAAGGACCGCCGGAGAAAGCUGAGCACCGUCCCCAAGUGCUUCCUCGGCAAUGAGUUUGUUGCCUGGCUCCUGGAAAUUGGCGAGAUCAGCAAGAUGGAAGAAGGUGUGAACCUGGGCCAGGCCUUGCUGGAGAAUGGCAUUAUCCACCACGUCUCCGACAAGCACCAGUUCAAGAACGAGCAGGUGAUGUACCGCUUCCGCUACGACGAUGGCACCUAUAAGGCCCGGAGUGAGCUGGAGGACAUCAUGUCCAAGGGUGUGAGGCUUUACUGCCGUCUUCACAGCCUCUAUACCCCCGUGAUCAAAGACCGAGACUACCACCUGAAGACGUACAAGUCGGUGCUGCCCGGGAGCAAGCUGGUGGACUGGCUGCUGGCCCAGGGCGACUGCCAGACACGCGAGGAGGCGGUGGCACUUGGUGUGGGCCUGUGUAACAACGGCUUCAUGCACCACGUGCUGGAGAAGAGCGAGUUCAAGGAUGAGUCCCAGUACUUCCGCUUCCACGCAGAUGAGGAGAUGGAGGGGAUCAGCAGCAAGAACAAACAGCUUCGCAACGACUUCAAGCUGGUGGAGAACAUUCUGGCGAAGCGCCUGCUGAUCCUGCCCCAGGAGGAGGACUAUGGCUUUGACAUUGAGGAGAAGAACAAGGCGGUGGUGGUGAAGUCGGUCCAGAGGGGCUCGCUGGCUGAGAUGGCCGGCCUGCAGGUGGGGAGGAAGAUCUACUCCAUCAACGAGGACCUGGUGUUCCUGCGGCCUUUCGCCGAGGUGGAGUCCAUCCUCAACCAGUCUUUCUGCUCCCGCCGCCCGCUGCGUCUCCUGGUAGCCACCAAGGCCAAAGAGAUCAUCAAAGUCCCCGACCAUCCAGAGGCUCUGUGCUUCCAGAUCCGGGGAGCUGCCCCGCCGUAUGUCUACGCGGUGGGGAGAGGCUCCGAGGCUGCGGCUGCAGGGCUCUGUGCCGGCCAGUGCAUCCUGAAGGUCAACGGCAACAACGUGACGAGUGACGGAGCCCCAGAGGUCCUGGAGCACUUCCAGGCGUUCCGGAGCCGCCGAGAAGAGGCCCUGGGCCUGUACCAGUGGGUCUACCACACCCAUGAGGAUGCCCAGGAGGCCCAGGGGGUGCCUGGCGAGGACCCCAAUGGCGACGGGGCCCGAGAGGAUGACCAGCCCAACUCAGACUUCCCCCUGCUAUCCCUGGGUCCCCAGCUGAGCCUGCAGGAGGACAGCCCUGUGGUCAGCCUGACAGUGGACAACGUGCACCUGGAGCAUGGCGUGGUGUAUGAAUAUGUGAGCACAGCAGGCAUCAAGUGCCACGUGCUAGAGAAGAUCGUGGAGCCCCGUGGCUGCUUCGGCCUCACUGCCAAGAUCCUCGAGGCCUUUGCUGCCGAUGACAGUGUCUUCGUGCAGAACUGUGGGAGGCUCAUGGCCCUGAGCAGCAACAUGAAGACCAUGUCCCACUAUGAGUUCCGCAACAUCUGUGACACCAAGCUGGAGAGCAUCGGCCAGAGGAUCUCCUGCUACCAGGAGUUUGCAGCUCAGCUAAAGAGCAGGGUCAGCCCACCCUUCAAACAAGCUCUCCUGGAACCCCAUCCACUGUGUGGCCUGGACUUUUGCCCCACCAAUUGCCACAUCAACCUCAUGGAAGUGUCCUACCCCAAGACCACGCCCUCGGUUGGCAGGUCCUUCAGUAUCCGCUUUGGUAGAAAACCCUCCCUCAUCGGCCUUGACCCAGAGCAAGGUCACCUGAACCCCAUGUCCUACACCCAGCACUGCAUCACCACCAUGGCUGCCCCGUCCUGGAAGUGCCUGCCUGCUGCAGAGGGGGACCCGCAAUGGCUGGGUCUCAACGACAGCAGCUUUGGGCCAGCUGGUGGAGCCCUUGGCCAGGAGGACCGGGGCCUGAGCUUCCUACUCAAGCAGGAGGACCGCGAGAUCCAGGAUGCCUACCUGCAGCUCUUUACCAAACUGGAUGUGGCCCUGAAGGAGAUGAAGCAGUAUGUUACCCAGAUCAACCGGCUGCUGUCCACCAUCACGGAGCCCACCUCGGGUGGGUCCUGCGAUCCGCCCUUGACCGAGGAGGCCUCAUCCCCUCCACUGGUCAGCGAAGAGAGCGAGAUGGACAGGACUGACCACGGGGGCAUCAAGAAAGUGUGCUUCAAGGUGUCCGAGGAGGAUCAGGAGGACUCGGGGCACGACACCAUGAGCUACCGGGACUCCUACAGCGAGUGCAACAGUAAUCGGGACUCCGUCCUGUCCUACACCAGCGUGAGAAGUAACAGCUCCUACCUGGGCAGCGACGAGAUGGGGUCCGGGGAUGAGCUGCCCUGUGACAUGAGGAUCCCGUCAGACAAGCAGGACAAGCUCCAUGGCUGUCUAGAGCAUCUCUUUAACCAGGUGGACUCCAUCCACGCCCUCCUCAAGGGGCCCAUCAUGAGCAGGGCUUUUGAAGAGACCAAGCAUUUCCCCAUGGAUCACAGCUUGCAAGAGUUCAAACAGAAGGAGGAGUGUACAAUCCGUGGCCGGAGCUUGAUCCAGAUCAGCAUCCAGGAGGACCCCUGGAACCUCCCCAAUUCCAUCAAGACCCUGGUGGACAACAUCCAGAAAUAUGUGGAAGAUGGAAAGAACCAGCUGCUCCUGGCCUUGCUGAAAUGCACAGACACAGAGCUGCAGCUGCGAAGGGACAGUAUCUUCUGCCAGGCCCUGGUGGCCGCCGUGUGUACCUUCUCUGAGCAGCUGCUGGCAGCCCUGAGCUACCGCUACAACAACAAUGGCGAGUACGAGGAGAGCGGCCGGGACGCCAGCCGCAAGUGGCUGGAGCAGGUGGCGGCCACCGGUGUCCUCCUGCACUGCCAGUCCCUGCUCUCGCCAGCCGUGAAGGAGGAGCGGACCAUGCUGGAGGACCUCUGGGUGACCCUGUCGGAGCUGGACAAUGUCGCCUUCUCCUUUAAGCAGCUGGAUGAGAACUAUGUGGCCAACACCAACGUCUUCUACCACAUCGAGGGCAGCCGGCAGGCGCUCAAGGUCGUCCUCUACCUUGACAGCUACCACUUCUCCAAGCUGCCCGCCCGCCUGGAGAGCGGGGCCAGCCUGAGGCUGCACACCGUGCUCUUCACGAAAGCUCUGGAGAACGUGGAGGGGCCGCCUCCUCCAGGCAGCCAGGCUGUGGAAGAUUUGCAGCAGGAGAUCAACGCCCAGUCCUUGGAGAAGGUUCAGCAGUAUUACCGCAAACUCAGGGCCUUUUACCUGGAACGGUCUAACCUGCCCACGGACGCCAGCACCACGGCGGUGAAGAUAGACCAGCUGAUCCGCCCCAUCAACGCCCUGGACGAACUCUGCCGCCUCAUGAAGUCCUUUGUCCACCCCAAGCCUGGCGCCUCAGGGAGCUUGGGCGCCGGCCUCAUCCCCAUCUCCUCCGAGCUCUGCUACCGCCUGGGGGCCUGCCAGAUCGCCAUGUGCCGCACGGGCAUGCAGAGGAGCACCCUGAGCCUCUCCCUGGAGCAGGCGGCCAUCCUGGCUCGGAGCCACGGGCUGCUGCCCAAGUGCAUCAUGCAGGCCACGGACAUCAUGCGGAAGCAGGGCCCCAGGGUGGAGAUUCUGGCCAAAAACCUCCGCGUCAAGGACCAGAUGCCCCAGGGUGCACCUCGGUUGAUGCCAGGCCUUCUCACGGAACCACAUGCGGCCCCUUCUCCUGGGGGCUCUACCGCCUCUGCCAGCCACCCGUGGACGGAGACCUCUAAGCACCGAGAUGCCUGGUGCUCGGCUGCACUCUCUGGAGCUGGGAUUGGGGAGGACACGGGGGCCACGCUUCCUUCUCCGGAGCUGGCCUGAGGCCGCCUCCAUCACCUCCUGUGAGGAUAAGCGGUGCCUCCGCCUUGGAUGAGCUGGCUGAUCGGGCCUAGGCUGGCACGUCCUCCACACUUCUGCCAGAAGCCUGAGGGGUGCUGGGGACCACAGAACUGCUGGGUGCCGCCGGGGCUGGGCUCCUGCCCACAGGUCCCCAGGACACAGGGAAGAAGUCAUGGGCACUGCAGCUGAAGGCCUGCAGCCCCAGCCCCUUCGGAGUGGCUCAACCUGCACUUUGGAAACUCCUGGUUUCCUUCUAAGUCCACAUUCCAGGUGACCACAUGCGUCUCCAUCCCCCCCCCCAACGCCCCACUUCCAGACCCCCCCAACCCUGUACUAACCUGCUUGGUGGACUCGGAAAAGCUAGACCUCUGCCAGAAAAGAUGGAGGGACAGGGCACAACUUCUGUUACCAGGAGAACAGUGGAAAGCCACACUGGCCUCUGACAUUGGCGCCAUCGAACCGGAGCCAUCGGCCCUGGGCACGAGAUUUGCUCUGACUUUAUUUAUAUGGCGUGAACUCUCUACAGUUUAUUUUGGUGUUUUUAUGUUGUUGUCGAGAACCUUUUUUUCCAGGUUGUGUGAUGAUAUAUUUGACAUUUUAAAUUUCAGAGAAAGCUAUAUUGUCUAACAGGGGACCAACCUAAGGUAGUAUUGACAACUCUUUCCAGUUCUACUAAAAAAAAAAGAAAAAGAAAAACUAAAUUAUUGAAAAUUCAAAAAAUGUCAGUAUCAUCUUUUUUACUGCUGGGGUUGUAAGAUACGGCUUAGAAGUAUGGAUUAGGAUUCCUUUCCCACCUGCCUUCAGUUCUCCAGCAGUUGGUCAGUAUCAGGUUCAUUCCUUUGUUCUCUCUGAAUGACUGGCUACAGGAGUUUGAGAGGCGACGGGACCAGGCCUGGGGGCUGGAAGGGGUCAAACUAUCCCUGGGGGAGGCUGUCUGUUUUCUACGGGUAGGAGGCCUCUGGGAAACACUGAGUGGUGAUUUCUGUCAUUUAUUAUUAUUAUUAUUUUUUGAUGUUAACUCAGAGCAGGGCCUUUGGGACUUGUCAGCCAGCCAGAGAGACAGAAAGCCACCCUGCCCGCCUCCUGGGCACAGGGACCUGCACCAGGACCCUUCCCUCUCCCCUGCCUCCUCAACCCCCAGCAGUUUGUCCCCUCCAGCUCCUGUAUGCCAGCAGGGAAAUGUCAUAGCUGAGAAAGAAGGGAGGAGUCUUUCUACCCCUGGUGCAGAUGGGUGAGAUCUGGUGUGGGUUUCCCGACGGCCCUGAGGUUUGAAGUCCCACCAGCAUCUUGGCCCCCUUCACCCCAGGGGCCCCCCUUCCCUCUCCUGCCUCCCUACACCAGGUUGCAAGAGGUAGGCUUGUUGCCAGACAGCGGUGGUGCUGAUACAGAGGAGGACCUGCUUGAGCCCCUGGUGGAAACCCAGAGGGGCCCCUCCCUGAGGGCAAGGGUGUGUGCACAUGCACUGGUUUACUUUAAAAUGUACAGAUCUCAUUCAAUUCAUGAUAGAUUUUUUAUUAUUAAAAAUUGGUUUAUAAUACAAA